AUGGGUCGGGAUAAGUAUCUUGAGCGGCUAACGAGACUUCGAGCCCAUCAUCUUAUCCGUGACUUUGAAAUCACGGCCCAGAAGCUGGACGGCUCAAUCACAAGCAAGCUUCCCGACGUUUUCUUUGACAGCGCCUUUGUGGAACUGCUCAAAGACAAUUAUAGUACAAUUUCCCGAGCCAUCGACAGGGAUCCCGAUCUAGAAACCCCAACAAUUGGCAAUAGCCUCCUAGAACGGGACAACGCGCUAGAAGAUUCACGCUCAGCCUUAGAGCUGCUCAGGAGCUCACUUUCCCUCGAGAAACAAAGCCAUGAAGCGUCGCGGAAAGCGGCUGCGGAAGAUUUGACUAAGCUCAGAAAUACUGAUCAAAGACUCCGGAAAGAGCACGAGGCUGCGCUCCAGAGGCUUGAUGCCGAACACCAAACGGAACACGAGAAAUACAGACGCGAGGCUGCGAUUUCGAGACAAGGCUAUGACGAAGAAAUGCGACAGCUACGACUCGCUCAGCAACGCAUGGAAGACGAACAUAAGCGACAGAUAGAACAACUUCGACACUUGGCAGACGUUGAAACCGAGCGGCACCGCCGUCGAGCCGAAGCGGAAAUUGCUGACCUGCGCGCAGCCAUAAGCCGGCUAGAAGUGGAUCUAUUACGGACAACCAAAGUCAAUGCCCAGGAAAUUCAAGCCUUGCGAGAAACGCAAGCAAAGCGUCUUGCCGACAAGAGUCUUGCAUUAGACCAAGCCGUAAUCCAAAUCGAGAAAUUGAAAUCCGAUAUCGAAGCCGAACGUGAGGAGCGUAAAAGGGUGGAGGCACUUACUAGCUCAGCUGUCGCAGCAAAGGCUACACUGCAAAGCGAGCUCGAUGACCUCCUAAUGGUUUUAGGUGACACUGAAGAGAACCUCAAUAAGUAUAAAGCUCGCUUGAUUGAGCUUGGUGAAGAAGUUUCAGAUAUUGGCGAGGAAGUCGCCGACGAAGAUGACGAAGGUGAUGAUGAGUAG